AUGACCGCUCAGCCAGAGAAGAAAGUAGACGAGCUUUCCGCAAAGCUCCGGGUGGCUGAAUCUGAAAUUGCUUCCCAACGCUCUCCACAGUCUCAGAGAGAAGCGACAGCCCCUGAAACCAGGCAGAUGCCCCAUUCCAUAAUAGAAGCGACCCCGUGUUCCAUGCCUCGGCAUGGCUCGACCCCAAGAGAAGAGAUACCGCUGUCAUACGACAAUCAUGAUGAGGCCGGGGACUCUGUGGAGGAUGAGAUCAGCGAGCUUAAUCACCAUACCAACGGCAUCGAGUUUCACGGGAGCACAUCGUCUACUGCAUUGAUAGGCCAUCUUCAAAAAAGACACGAGCCCAGACGAACUCAAGAGCGACAUAGUCUCGCUGGUGUGCCAGAGUACUCUAUAGUCUCGACUCUGCAUAAUUCAAGUUUCUCGCCUUCAUACACGGCUGGUCCGGCGCAACCCGCGGCACUUCAUGAACACAACUACUACUUUGAGCAGGCUCAUGCAUUUAUGAACGGAUAUUUCGAGAACAUCCAUUUUAUUCAUCCUCUGAUUGACAAAGAGGACUUUUGCCUGCGAGCCCACGAUCUGUGGUUCAACCGAACUACACAACCAGAACCAAGUUUUGUCGCACUGUAUCUGAGCAUUCUCUCAUUUGGCGCCUUGGUUCGUGUUUGGGAUGAGGAGCGACUUGGAGGAUUGACGCGUUUUGAGUGGAGCCGGAAGUUGUUCGGCGAAGCCCAAGUCUACCUGAACUAUCUGCAGUUUUCGAAUAAUCUGGACACAGUCCAGUGCUUGUACCUCAUGGCUAAAAUCUGCCAAAAUGAGCUAAAUCCGAAUUUGGCUUAUAUGUACUUGGGUCUUGCUAUACGCACAUGUCUAGCUGCUGGUUUCAACAGAGAAGUGCGUAACUCCACAGAGCAACGGGCGGGUUGGAUCUCAAAAACUUGGUGGGGCCUAUUCUCUCUGGAAAUUGAGAUGAGCUUUUCAGUUGGCCGUCCUGAUACUCUAGGCAUGGAUGAAUACCACAAUCGAGCUCUUCCGGAAAGAGACGAUUCCGAAUAUGCCAUCAUACCAUGGAUGGUUGACUUUGCACAAAUGAUCCGCAAGGUGUCCGUGCAAAUCUACCAUUCUCGAAUUACCUUGCAGGAUAAAUUGCAGGUUGCGCUGCAAAUUGAGGCUGAGUUGGACAGAUGGAUGUUGAGACUCCCGGAGAGAAUUAAGCCAGAUAUCCUGAGACAAGGAGCAUCUGGCGGUGCACUGCGAGACCCAAAGUGGGCUCGCCGGCAACGGUUAGUCUUAGGCAUUCGCUAUUAUAACGUCAAGAUGCUCCUGUUCCGCCCAUUUCUCAGUCACUUUACACGCAAAUUAAGACACCCACCGAUCGAACUGGAACAGACCAUCGGGAAGUGUCUUGACGCUGCGAUGAAAACAAUUGAAGUCAUCUACGAUAUCUACCGGAUUCAUACGUUCUUCCGGUGCUGGUGGUAUAACACAACAUACGUGAUGUUCGCCACAUCAACCCUGUUACUCCCCAUGAUCAAGCUUGGCAUGUGCCCUGAAACUAUCCCACUGCGACGAUCCGUGGAGAUGGCGCUGGAAAUAUUGGAAGCAAUGGAAGAGUCAGUUGUGGCACGGAAGUCCGUGGAUCUUAUCAAGCGGUAUCUCAGGGAAUUUAGCUUGUCGGACGCUCAAUCAAGUAUGGUGAACAUUGAGGGAAGCGUUCCAGCAUAUGCAGCGGAGAGUCCUAGUCAGGGUACAUUUGACAUACCGGAAUGGGCUCACGGCUUUGGAUUCCCGGAUUGUUCAUUCGAAGGAAUCGCCCGGCUCUUCGAUGAUAUAGGAGGACUGCCUAUGUUGGACAAUUGA